AUGGAAAUGGAACCGCAAAUCUUCGAUUUCGUCAAAUUCGAGAAGGAAAAGGCUAUCGCCACAUUCAACAGAAUCGCUAAGUUGCGCCAGUUCUUCGAGGUUCUGCUGGUUUUGGGGGCGAUAUCGUGGUCGUCGGCGCGCGCGCCGCCGCUCCUCAGAGCUGCCGCCGCCUACGCCGUCGACCUCUCGGCUUACCUCCUCAACCACCACAUCGUUUUCCUCAUCGGCAACGCCAUCAUUUUCUCGCUCUUCCUCCUCUGCCGCCGCCAGAGCGACGCCGCCUCGACUCCGCCGGGAGACGAUUUGUACGACGAGUACGUCAAGCACAGCGACGCGGCGGCGGAGGCGGAUCGCCGAGAGCCUGCCGAUCCACCUCCGCCGUCGUCUCCGACCAAAGGCGGCGCCGAAGUCAUAGACGAGGAGGAGAAGCAGAUCGUAGUGUGCGCGGAGGCGAAUCCGAAUCCACAAUGCGACGACAUGGCGGCGGCGAUUGAUAACGCGAGGAGGCAGAUAAAGCGGUUCGAGAGGACGCAGUCGGAGAAGCUGAAGCGAGAGAUUAGAGCGACGCUGCGGAGAUCGGAGACACAGACGCGGCGGAACUCGGUGAGCUGCGGCGGCGAGCGGUUCGACGCGGCGGAGAUUGAGAGGCUGAGCAGCGAGGAGUUCCGGCGCACAAUAGAUGCGUUCAUCGACGAGAACUGGUCCACGAAGAAGACUGCAAACAGUCGGUUUGAUGAGUAUCAGAAAUAUCAACUGCUGCAGAUGGCCUAA